GCAAAAUAUGUCGAAAUGCGACCCGUUCCGCUCAAAAAACGAGUUCAAAGUCAAGAAGCAGAAGCGUUCCCAAGGAUCGUCCCACUACAGACCGAAGGCGCCAACUGAACUAACCCCUCUACCGCUUCUAAAAGUAUCGCGAGGUGUCUUGAAUGAAAACACCUACCAAGACAUCAUUCGAAUGGUCACAAAACUUCAGAUCGCUUGUAAUAUCUUCCGCACCCUUCCUCCUUCAGACAAUCCGGAUUUCGAUCCAGAGGAAGACGACCCAGUUUUAGAUUCUGCAUGGCCCCAUCUUCUGUUUGUUUACGAAUUCUUCCUACACGUCCUAGAAUCUUCAGAAUUCCAGCCAACGAUUGCCAAAAAAUAUAUUGAUCACAAGUUCGUCCUGCAGCUGCUAGAACUGUUCGAUAGCGAAGAUCCUCGUGAGCGCGAUCUACUCAAAACUGUUGUCCACCGUAUUUACGGUAAAUUCCUUGGCCUACGAUCUUUUAUUCGGAAACAGAUAAAUAAUAUUUUUUUGCGGUUUAUCUACGAAACAGAACAGUUUAAUGGUGUGGGAGAACUGCUGGAAAUUUUAGGUAGCAUAAUAAACGGCUUCGCUUUGCCUUUGAAAUCUGAACACACCAGAUUCUUAAUCAAAGUGCUUAUCCCCCUACAUAAGGCCAGGUCGCUGGGAAUGUUUCACGCACAGAUCGAGGAAAUUCUGGACAUUAUUGAUCCGAAUCAAUUUAAGAAAAUCAUGGUGCCGCUGUUCCGUCAAAUAGCGAAAUCCGUUUCGAGUUCUCAUUUUCAGGUAAUUUAA